CUGUCUAAGGAGUACCCACACCAGUAAGAUCACAGAUAGAGUACUGAAGUACUAUUACUGCUACCAAGCCAAUCUAAACCAGACAUCAAUCAUACAGAUAUGUGGGUUAAUUGUCAACUUUUGAUUCUAAGACUGCAAAGAGAAAGGAAGAAUAAUCUCCCCAAAUUGCUCUGCAAUGAUGAAACCUAGAGUGGCAUCCUGGAUUUCAGGAAUAGACAUAUCAUAACUUCAUACCCAGAUAAGGACUCCAGAAGGAGAUGGUGAAUUAUCUCUCUGGAUGGAGGAUAUUUCAGAAACGAUCAUGGUCUUUGGUAGCCCCCAUAAAAAUGCCCUCUUUGAAUGAUACAGAAUUCCAUCCUUCCUUCUUCCUGCUUCUAGGAAUCCCAGGGCUGGAAGGUGCACACAUCUGGCUUGGCUUCCCCUUCUGUGCCUUAUACUUGGCUGCAUUCAUGGGAAAUAUCACCAUCCUGUACGCAAUUCAGACUGAACGAAGCCUCCACCAGCCCAUGUUCUACUUCCUGGCCAUGCUGUCAGGAAUUGACUUGAGUUUGUCCACAGCUACCAUCCCCAAGAUGCUGGGAAUUUUCUGGUUUAACUUGAAGGCUAUUGAAUUUGGAGCCUGUGUCACCCAAGUGUUCUUUAUCCAUUUUUUCACAGUCAUGGAGAGCAUUGUACUGCUGGCCAUGGCUUUUGACCGCUAUGUUGCUAUUUGCAACCCCCUUCGCUAUACCAUGAUCCUUACUCACAAAACCAUUGGUUUCAUUGCUCUGGUGGUUUUCCUAAGGAGCUUGUUUAUGAUAGCUCCUAUUGUAUUUCUCCUGCUUCAACUCCCUUACUGUGGGCACAGAGUCAUCCCCCAUACCUACUGUGAGCAUAUGGGUGUGGCUAGAUUGGCCUGUGCCAGCAUCAAAGUCAAUAUCUAUUUUGGGCUGGGAAAUAUUUCCAUAUUAUUUCUGGAUGUGCUUCUGAUCAUCAUUUCUUAUGCCAGGAUACUCCAGGCUGUCUUCCACCUCCCCUCCUGGCAUGCUCGACUCAAAGCACUCAAUACCUGCAGCUCCCACAUCUGUGUCAUCUUAGCCUUCUUCAUGCCAGCUCUAUUCUCCUUCCUCACUCAUCGUUUUGGCCACAACAUCCCCCAUUACAUCCACAUCCUCCUGGCCAAUCUCUAUGUAGUUGUGCCUCCUGCCCUCAACCCUGUCAUCUAUGGGGUCAGGACCAAGCAGAUACGGGAGAGAGUUUUGAAGAUUUUCUAUAAAAAACAAUGACAUGAUAGAAACAAGGAUGUCUCAGUGGUACCUUUUUUCAUUCUACCACAGUAAAUGAGCCUACCUGAAAACUCAAAGAGGUGAUGUGGCAUGCUGAAUAGAGAGCUGACCUCCGAAAUGGGAAGAUUUGGGUUCAAAUUUCACAUCCUAGCUCUGUGGCUUUGGCCAUUUUUCAGUGCACCAGGCAGAUGCCUAACAAUCUUAAGUUGCAUAGAAGGUGCCUAUCUGUAUUGGUAGAUUGUAUUUUAUCAUUUCAGAAUACUCCUUCCUAAUGAAUUUUUUUAAAAGAAUAGCUUUAAAACUCUCCUAGUAGGUACUGAUAACAUGCUUGUGUAUGGAUCUGAGUGUCUCUUUGAUGGAAUGUAUGUAUAAAUGGGUUGGUUUAUGGGUGGGUAAGUCUAAGUAGGAUUGAAAUGGCUGAGGAAACAAAGGUUCGAUUUUCUGAGCAUACCAGUUUACUAAGCAAUGCAUACCAAUUACCUAACAAAUUGGGACCAAGCCCUCUCAGCUUUGGCACUGGAC